AACUUACUAAACUAGAUUAGGCCCUAGACUCUAGCAGAUUCUAGUUCUUCUGUCUAUAUUAUAUAUCUAUAUAGAUUCUAGAUCUGUGCCUCAACAAAUGAAUAGUUUUAUUUUUAUUCUAAACUAGAUCUAGAUCUAGAUCUAAAUGCCCGCCUGUGUUAUAGAUAUAGGACAGGCUACUCAGUUUAGUUUAUUAGUAAGAGAGUAACUACUAUUUUUUAUUUUUCGGAGUGGAAUGUUAAAUGAGAAAGAAAAAAGUGAUGGCAAAGUUGUAUUUUUUCUUAGUUCUUAUUAGAUUUUAUUGUUGGUGGGGAUCACGCAAUACGUCCAACUAAUUAAGUAUCAUGUGGCAGUUGAUUCAGACUAUGAACAUCUGCUGGAAGGCGAUUGAUUUGAGGGUUUACUUCCCCAUCUGAUGUAGGAAUGGCAAAUGUAAUCUCUUACAAUUAUGUUUUAUAAUAGCUCUACAAAGAAUAUUUUAUAAACUAUAAGAAAUUAAUUUGUAUUAAAUUCAAACAGGUAAACUGCAAUUAAUAUCAACAUUUGACAAACUCACGCUCCAUAUGAUGUCACUACAUAUUCUGAUAGGUUGUACUGGAAGUGUUGCUUCUAUCAAGGUUCCAAUUUUAGUGCGGGCACUUUUGGAGCAUUUUCCUCAGUCAGAAAUCAGAGUUGUCUCAACAGAGCACGCACAACAUUUUUUCACUAAAGAGGACAUCCCAGUACCUGUUCUCACAGAGAGGGAUGAAUGGGAGACCUGGUCUAAAAUUCAGGAUCCUGUAUUACAUAUAGAAUUACGAAAGUGGGCUGAUCUGCUUCUAAUUGCCCCUCUUGAUGCCAACACAUUAGCCAAAAUUGCUAAUGGUAUAUGUGAUAAUUUAUUGACUUGUAUUGUACGAGCAUGGGACAAUCAAAGACCUCUCCUUUUUGCCCCAGCUAUGAAUACAUAUAUGUAUGAGCACCCAUUAACCUCUAGCCAUAUACUGUCAUUGAAGAGUUUGGGCUACAUAGAGAUACCAUCCAUUUCCAAGAAACUUGCUUGUGGAGACACAGGUUAUGGAGCUAUGGCAGAGGUAUCAACAUUGGUGUCUGCUGUAGAAAGUGCUGUAGUUCAAGUUCCAGCUUCAGCCCAACUUACAUAAAUCUUCCAAUUUCUGGUCACAACCAUGGUUGUGACUUUUAACUUUAAAAAAAAAAUUGUUUUUGUGCAUUUAAAAGUGUGUUAAAAAGUCUUUUAUAAUUGUUUUUUUUUAAAAUAAAUCUUGGGUAUCAUUCCCAUCUCUUCCUGUCAACAGCCUUACUAAUUUAACAAAUCAGCAUUCCAGAUCUGUUGUUUGAAUUGUCUAUUCAUAUAUCAGUUUAAGUUUGGAUUUUCACAAAUAUUGAGAUGUUCUGGUCUAUUUUUAAUUUUUGUUAAGUGAUUAUAUUUGUUAUGUAAAUAAAAUGUACACAAUUUCUAUGUAAUUUGUUAAUGAUACCAAUAAUGUACUUUUUUUAAAGAUAAUAAAAGUCAUUUGAUGUUUCCUAUUUAA